AAAAAAAAAAAAUCAUCUCCCUUUUGUCCGAAUACCUUCUGCUUCACUCGACGUCCCGAAUCCAUCCUCAGUCUUCUUUACAUCCCCAGAUACGCUUCGUCUUAAUCUCUUCCGUCUAUACCUGUAUCAGUCAGGUCGUCCGUCCCUCAGCUAUUGGUACUGACCGCCAUUACCUUUUCAAAACCUGUGCCACCCGCAAAACCCCAUCCCCCAGGAUUAGGGUAGCUGGGCGCAGGUAUCAAUUUACCCCAUAGACAAGGUCUCGGCUCGGCUUCCAACCCAACACCAGCCAAGCUCCAAACCCCAAUCGUCCAAUCACAUCCCCUGACCCCAGAAAUCAGAUACCGCACCGCCCGCCGCCAACCUGCGUGUCCCGCAUGUCGCGUGUCCCCCUUCCCCCUCCAUGUCUCCGUGCCUUCAGCUCCCUCCCCCGCCAAAGUUCUCACACGCCACCAUCAGCAAAGCACCGUACCGCUGCCCACUGCCCACUAGGUAUCCCAUCGCCACCGGCUCCAGACCAACGUACCACCCACUCACACUGCCUCUACCUUCCACUUCCGUCUCUCCCUAUUCGCAGCAGCAGCCCUUUUGUCCCUGUCCCUUUCCCUUUCCCUUGACCGCACCACAAAACCCAUACCACGGCAUUCGUUCCUCUCGUCAAACCCACCCCUCUCAGGAUUCCCAUCACCGGUCUGUCAGUCUCAGGGUCUAGACACAAACACGCUCACACUCUGCUGAUCCGAGCCACAGUCAGUCAAAGUCGCAGUUCCAGUUCCUUUGUUCUUAUACUUAUCGGUAUCUUACCUUAGUAAUAAGUACCCCAAGACAAGACAGACUACCUUACCUACCUAUCAAUCGUCCGAUCCCCAAGCUUCCUAUGAAUACAAACGCACACACCAAGCGGCACUAGUGACAUCUUCCCCGUCCUUCCCCAACAAAAACACUUUGUGUGUGUGUGUGUGGGUGUACCGAUGAUGCCUCCCCCUCCCCUCCCUCCCUCUUCCUCUCCACGUAUGCCGCCGCCGCCCCCCGGCAAAGCUGGGGAAGAACCUACCUUAGCUAAGAGGCUAAGAGCUAUCGA